AUGGCCGCAAGUGGACCUCCUCCCCCAACCGCGAUCACCGAGCGGGUCAUCAUCCCGGUGAAGGGCGGCGUAGAGGAUUGGAAGGAGCCCUACAAGCAGUUGCUCUUGACCCUCAAAGCCCAGCCUGGCUACAUCAGGACCAGAUGGGGACCCCGCAGCGAGGACCCGCAGACCCUCGAUUUGAUGAUUGGCUGGGUUUCCCCCGAGGCCAAGAAAGCCUUUGUGUCAAGCGACGCCCACUCCAAGUCCAUGGAGGAGAUGGGCAGCGUCCUCAACGGCAAGCCCUGGGGCUACACUAUCAAGUUCAAGCCUUACGCCCCACGGGAGGCCAUUAACUCCCCCAUUGUGGAGAUGAUCACCAUUCGCAACUGCACUGGGAAUGAGGACGAGCUCAAGGCAAUGAUCGAGAAGGCAUUCACUAUGCCUGGCUCACGUGGCGGGGCCUCCGGAUUCUCCACGGAAGAGGUUGAGGGCCACGGCAAGGUCUUCGUCGGGGCGGUCGGUUGGGAUAGCAGCGACGCGAGCAAGGCGGCCGACAAGUCUGCUUACAUCCCCAGCGGUGCUGGGGAUGUUGAGAUCCACCACGUCAACUACAACUUCCCCAUCAAGGGAUUUUCUGUCACCAACUCCAACUAA